CUGCGAGUUUCAGUGACACCGAUCGGCCCUGGGCCCUGGGCAACGAGGCCCGCAGGACGGACUUUGAACGCGGCACUAACUGCGCUGGGACCGAAAACUUCCACGAGUUUGGGGUCAACGUCACCCCCGCCUCCCGGGAGCAUGCGGAGCUCUCGGCUCUCCGGAGAGAGAGACACGAACGAGUAUCUGCCCUCCCCGGGAGCCGCGGACCCAGGGCUGAAGUACAACACUAGGAGAGAGGACAUGAACGGCAUGGAGGAGGUGGUGGAGUUCCUCCCCACCAUGAAUGCCAAGAAGGUGGAGAAGCGCGGCCCAAAGCGUUGGAUGGUGGUGACUGCUGUGCUGCUCAUCUUCCUGCUCAUCUCCCUGAUGGUGGGCCUCCUGGUGUGGCACUUCAAAUAUCGGAGAGCUCCCAUCCAGAAGGUUUACAAUGGCCACCUCGUGAUUCAGAACUGGAACUUCAUUGAUGCCUAUGAGAACUCCAGCUCCCCACAGUUUGCUGCGCUCUCCAAGAAGGUGCAGCACACGAUUGAAGAGAUUUAUAAAAAUAACCAAGACAUUGGCCCUUAUCACAAGGAGACAGUCAUAACAGCAUUCAGUGAAGGCAGUGUCAUCGCCUAUUACUGGUCAGAGUUCAUCAUCCCGGCCUACAAGGCUGAGGCCUUCGACAAGGCCAUGGCUGACAAGCAGAGCCUGAUCCAAACAGUGGAGUACAAGUCACGGAACCUGAUGCUGCAAGUCAAAUCGAUUGUUGCUUUCCCUGCUGAUCCGGAUAUAGUUCAAUCUUCACGGGACAAUAGCUGCAACUUUGCCCUCCAUGCCAAGGAAGGUGAAAUCACCAGCUUCACCACCCCAGGCUUCCCCAACAGCCCGUACCCGAACAACGCUCGUUGCACUUGGGUUCUGAGGGCUGAUGCAAACGCUGUCAUCAGCCUAACCUUCAAGACUUUUGAUGUGGAGCCGUGCAAUGCUGGGAUCGACGUCGUCAAGGUCUACAACUCCCUGAGCCCUGUGGACCCCCAUGCCCUGGUGACACUGUGUGGCAGUUACUCUCCAUCCUACAACCUGACCUUCCUGUCCUCCCAGAACGUCAUGCUGGUCACGCUGACAACUGACGCCAAGGGGCGGAACCCUGGGUUCAAGGCCGAGUUCUUCCAGCUCCCAAAGAAAGAAACCUGUGGUGGGACUUUGAAAGGAGGAAAUGGGACCUUUACCACCCCUUAUUUUCCGGCCCACUAUCCGCCGAACUUGGAUUGCAUCUGGGACAUAGAGGUCCCCUCUACAAAGAACGUGAAGGUGCGGUUCAACCUGUUUUAUGUGUUGGAACCUGGCGUGCCUGUCAAUACUUGUACCAAGGAUUAUGUGGAGAUCAGUGGUGCAAAGUACUGUGGAGAGCGCUCCAAGUUUGUGGUGGCAAGUACUAACAACAAAAUCACAGUCCGGUUCCAUUCAGACCAGUCAUACACAGACACUGGCUUCUCCGCAGAGUUCCUGUCUUACGAUUCCAGUGACCCCUGUCCUGGCAAGUUCACCUGCAAAACUGGCCGCUGCAUUGACAAUGCUAUGCGCUGUGAUGGCUGGGUGGACUGUACGGAUGCCAGCGAUGAGCGCUCCUGCAACUGCACCGAGAACCAGUUCCAGUGCAAUAAUGGCUGGGGCAAGCCCCUCUCCUGGCGGUGGAACGAUUGUGGGGACCACAGCGACGAACUGCAGUGCAAAUGUCCAGAUAUGCACUUCAAGUGCAGCAACGGGAAAUGCAUCCUUGAAACCCAGAAAUGCGAUGGCAGGGAUGACUGCGGGGAUGGGAGUGAUGAGGGCAGCUGUGGCAAAGCGGAGGCCGUCUCCUGCAAGGAUUACACCUACAAGUGCCGCAACAACCUGUGUGUGAGCAAGACAAAUCCUGAAUGCGAUGGGGAGAAGGACUGUGCCGAUAACUCAGAUGAGCAGAACUGUGACUGUGGGAUCCGCUCUUACAGCAAGCAAAGCCGAAUCGUUGGUGGGUUGAACUCCGAAGUAGGCGAGUGGCCAUGGCAGGUCAGCCUGCAUGCGAAAGGCCAGGGGCACAUCUGUGGGGCAUCGCUGAUAUCGGACACGUGGCUGGUGUCAGCAGCACACUGCUUCAAAGACGAUAGACAGAUGAGUUACUCGGAUGCCACGUUGUGGAAAGCCUUCCUAGGGCUCCGCAACCAGGGCAACCAGAAAAACGAGAAGGUGCAAGAGCGGAGCAUCAAACGCCUCAUCCCCCACACCCAGUUCAACGAAUACUCUUACGACUAUGACAUUGCCGUGCUGGAGCUACAGAGUCCUGUCACCUUCACCACCACCGUCCGGCCUAUCUGCCUGCCUGAUUCCACCCAUGACUUCCCUGCUGGCAAGGAAAUCUGGGUGACUGGGUGGGGGGCCACCAUAGAAGGAGGUCCUGGUGCCACAAUCCUGCAGAAGGCAGAAAUUCGAGUGAUUAACCAGACCCAGUGCAACAUACUGCUCACCGACCAGAUAACGUCACGCAUGCUGUGUGGAGGAGUCUUGACCGGGGGUACUGAUGCCUGCCAGGGGGACUCAGGUGGGCCGUUAGUUAGCGUGGAGAAAAACAACAGGCUGUUUCUGGCUGGCGUGGUCAGCUGGGGAGACGGCUGCGCUCAACGGAACAAGCCUGGAGUAUAUACACGAGUCUCCAAGCUGCGGGACUGGAUCAGGCAGCAGACCGGGAUUUAGGAGGGCUCCAGUGAGGGGCUCUAGAGACCAAUGGACAUGCAAGGCAGCCGGCACCUCUCCAGUUCGGCUCUGGGUCUCUUUCAAGCCAGCAGUUGAAGAUGCUCCCAGCUGAUGUGAAGUGGAUGAGUGGUUUUCUUCCUUCUCCCAUCGUACUGGACCAGUGAGGCACCUGGCCGGUUUGAAGGCUUGGGAGAAAGGAGUGAGCAACUUGAAUCCUUCGCCAUAUUCAUGCCUCCUCUUCAGAGAGCUGUCUUAGUGAACCUAAGGGAGACCUAGGAAUCUCACCUCCUCCCUGUCUCACCUCAGCAUGAACUGUGAAGGACAGGCAUUCUGGAGGGAGUAGGAAAAACCCCUGCUCAUCGUACCCCAAAGAGUAGGGUUGGAGACAGCCACAGUGUGGUGCUGCACAAAAGACAUGCUGGUCUGUAUUUAAAGUAGGUCUGUAUAAGUGUGCGUGUGCAUGCGUGUGUGUGUUUCCAGAGGCAGAGUCAGAACUGUCUGACACCUGGCAGGUGACGUCACAGCUGAAUCCUUUUUCUCCCUCCCUCAAAUUGAGACGCUUGACAGACACAAGAAAUUUCAAUCUCCCAUCUGCUCUAGAUGGCCUGUUGGGUCUCGACACCUGCUGAGAUGGCAUGGGAGGGAUAUGCACCUUCCUCUCCGAAAAGGAGUACUUCUUAAUCCUCCUAGACCUGCUUGGCAGCCCCCUGGUUCUGGCUAUAGAGUUGUCAACUUUCUUGACUGGAUGCUGUUUCCGCAAAUGGCACCUAGUUGAAAGAAUUGGCAACCCUAGGUUCGGAUGGGCUUGUUUUUUAAACUGUGUCUAAUUCUUUAGUUUCAGGAGCAGGUUUAAUUGUUGAGGACCCCAAUUCUCCCUGAUGAUAAUGCUGCCUUGAGCUGGUUAGCUGUCGGGAGUGGUUGCCUGUUGUUGAAUUAUACCUGAGUGUCAGCAACUGACCCCGCUUGAGGACCACUAGACAGACCCAGCAUGGGAGGGGAUGGAUCUAGAUCCUGCAGCUCCUUUUGAGGCAGGCUGUGCCUAAAGCCUAAAUUGGUGAUUUGGCCCUCCAAUUUCAGCCCGCUGCUCAGAUCCACACAAGGCACUGCUUUCUGGGACUUGUCCCUCUGUGAGGUGGCUGACUCAGCUCCACAAGGAGCAGCGCACUCUAGCAUCUGGGGGUUGCAUAGCAGAACUCCCUGUGGGCCAGUUGCUAUUAAGCUGUGGUCUGAGCUCACCCCAUUCCCCUGUUCUCCCUGCUUUUCACAAGAAUAGCUUAAAUGUAGCCACUGGAGAAUGUGUGUGUGUGUGUGUGAGAGAGAGAGAUCGAGAUAGAGAUCCAUCUUCUGGCCUGUUUACAGGCCAGAUUGGCAUUGCCACAAUGUGCCUUAACUGUAAGAAGUGAAUUGUAACCUCGCUAACUGUCUGAAACCCCAUUGCCCUAUCUGCGGGACGUCAGUCCUUUAGCUGGCUGUUCUUUAGUCCUUGCGAGAGGCUGCAUCCUUCGGUGACCCGGGAGAUCAUGGAGAUGAAAGGUCCCAUGUAGCAGUUGCUCUUCAGGUUAUCCAAAGUUGGCCCCAUGCAGCAUUCUGAACAUGGAGUCAACCCUGUAGCCCUUAUGUUGACCAGUGGACAUACUGGGUGAUGCAGGUUCUAGCAUGAAACCCGGUACCGGUAGUGCCUGUGAGCAGGGCAUUGGCAGGGUAUGGACGGGGGGCUCCAAUAGGCUUUCUGACUCAUGACUGCAAGCCCUGCUUUCUGUGUGUGUAGUGUAAUGUAAUAGAAGCUGUUCUGUGAUUGGCUAGCAUUGCUGUGGGGACUGGGUGGGUGUAGGUGCCUAUGAAUGGCCCCCUAUGCAUGUGUGCUAUUUCCCUCUUUCUGCCAGUUCCAGGCCCCAAUCCUGGAGCCCAGGGCACCCUGUUGGGACUGGGAGGGGCUGAUAAGAAUGUAAAAGCUCAGUUGCUUGUUUGAACAGCUUGGCGCAACCCUAAAGAGAGUGUUGCCAUUUUAGGAAAUGCCUCUGCCUGCCUUUGGCCCUCGAGACAAGCUGGGCUGAGGGAAGGAAAGGUUUUUUAAUCUUGGGUUUUUUGUUUGUUGUUGUUGUUGGUUUUUUAAAAGAAUGUUGCAAAAUUAUUUCAAAUAUGCUGAUUGAUCCAUUUUUUCCUUCUGUAUAUACUGUGCCCUGUGAUAGUGUUGUACAUAUGUCAGAGUGAAGCUGAGCAGGGGCAGCCUUUUUUGUCGUCUCUUCCUUCUGCACUUCUUUGUUGUAAAGUCAUUUUUGUAAAGAUCCAAAUGAAAUGGCAAGGCUUGAAGAAAAUCCAUAUUAAACUGGGGAUUUUUGUAUGA